AUGAGUUUAGCACAAAUUAUCACAUCAAAGCAGCUUCAAACUCUUCAUGAAGCAUUUGACACAUUCGAUAAAGAUGGUGACGGAUAUAUUGAACCAGAUUUAAUCGAAAGAGCUCUUCGCGCUUGUGGAUAUAAUCCAAGUAUUUCUGAAAUGACAGAUAUUUACGAGGAUAUUCACAGAAAACCAAUAUCGUUCAACGCAUUCUUGUAUAUUUCAUAUCGUCAUUCAAGAAAUAGUCAUGUCGAGCAAGAAUUAAUUGACGCAUUUCAUGUUUUCGAUGAAAAAGAAACAGGUUACAUUCCUACAAAAGAUAUUAAGAAGGUUUUAACAUCAAUAAAGAGACCUUUCACUGAUGAACAGAUUAAUGAGUUAGUAACACAAACAAAACCAUGGAAUGAUCUUGUUGACUACAAGAAAUUUGUUCACAUUCUUUUGAAUCAGUAA